CAUGGCGGCCGGAAGCGGUACGAUCUCCAUCAUGGCGGCGGCCUUGGAGAGCGCUCUGCAGGCGGCCGGGCCCGGGCUCCGUCCUGAGGCAGAGGCGGUGGGCGCCGUGCGGGCGGCCCUGGCUGCGGCGGGGGAUCCAGCGGCACUCGGCGAGCGAGAGCGGGCGCGCCUCGGCGCCUUCUUGCGCAACCUGGCGGCGGGGCCGGAGGAGCCGGCCGGCCCGUGGCGGAGCCUCUUCCUGGAGGGCCCGCCCGAUCUCGCCUUCAGCGCGCUGACCGACAGCCUGGCGGCCCCGCGCUCCGACUGGCGGCUGGCGGCGGUGCCCGAGGUGCUGGAGAUGUUCCUGCGGCAGGGCCGCCUGUCCGCGCUCAUCUGGGAGCAGUGCCAGCAGCAUUCCCGACCCGGCUCGGCCGAACGGCAGGACGCGCUGCUGGGCAGGAUCGUGUGUCUGCCCGACCUCGUCGGCAACAGCCUCCUGGGCCGGAGCCCCGCCGUGUUCUUCCCGCAGCAUUACUUCCCUCUGCUGGGCGGCGCGGUUCUCCAGGUGCUGCACAACGUCUCUGCUUCGCUCAGAGGUGGCUUGGAUUGCUCAGUCUCUUUCGUUUCACAUAUUCUGGGAAAGGUCUGUGUUCAUGGGAGACAAAAGGAAAUUCUGAGUGUUUUGAUGCCCCACCUCACGGAUCUCACCAAGUCUGACUGCAUCUGGCGAAGAAUUUGCUGGCGGUUGGUUGAGUGUGUGCCAGACCGCUGGAUGGAGGCAGUGGUCCUUGGUUUUGUUCAGAGAGCGCCGGGGGCAGAUGUCUUGUCUAGAUUGCUGGGGAAUCUGGUUGUGAAAAAUAAGAAAGCUCAGUUUGUCGUGACACAGAAGAUGCUGCUGUUGCAGUAUGGCUGCACGACUGCAGUGCUGCAGAAUCUUCUUGGCUAUCUGUCCCUGGAGAGCCUUCGUCGUGCCUUACUGAUCAAGGUGCUGCGAGAGCUGUUGGAGACCUGGGGCAGCAGCAGUGCAGUGAAACACUCUCCAGUGGAGCAGCAGCAGUACAUUAGUAAGGCCAUUCUUAUCUGCCUUUCUCACCUGAAGGAACCCGAAAUAGAGAGCUGCAGGCAAGAACUUCUCACGAGCAUGAUGGAGGGUGUGAAGUGCCACCUGGACAGCAGCCUGCCUCAGAUACGGCGCCUGGGGAUGAUAGUGGCCGAGAGCAUCAGUUCAAAGAUUAACACGGAUGGGCCCGUCCUGCAGUUUCAGUAUGAAGAAGAUGAUGAAGCAAGAGAGCUGAAGUCCCUUCUGGUACAAGCUGCACCACUCAGUGUCCUCCCAGGUCUUCCAGACAAUGACAGGAAUGAGAAUGCAGAUGCUGCACUGCCACCAGUAUUGGAAAGUAAUGGGAAAUCACCUACAGCAGCGACUCAUGUGAUGCCAGAUGAGGAGUCAGAUGCUGAGCUUGACAGUGAUGAUGACCUGACGCCUUACGACAUGUCAGAGGAUAAAGAACUGAAGAAGACAAAGGCUCCAGUGUAUAUUCGAGACUGUAUUGAAGUCCUGACAGGUUCUGAAGAUCUGGACAAGUGGGAAGAAGCUGUCAAGGCUCUUGAGAGCUUGGUUCGGAAGAAUCCAGCGGCAGCAAGAGAGGUUAGCGUGGAGCUGGCAAAAAUACUGUUGCAUCUGGAGGAGAAGACCUGCCUGGAAGGCUUUGCAGAGCUCCGUCAGAAGGCACAAGUAGCUGUUUUAACCACUGAUCCAAUACCUGUAGCACAGUACUUGACCUCCCAGUUCUACUCUCUGAACUACAGCCUUCGUCAGCGCAUGGAUAUUCUCGAUGUGCUGGUUUUAGCAGCUCAGGAACUGUCCUGUGCCAAAGGCCACGGGAAGACCAAACAUUCUGGUGCCCAAAACCCUCGUAUCCAGCUCCUUCCUGAGAGUGGCAGCUCCAAGGACUGGAGAAGAAUUGUUGAUGAGAGAAUCAAAAGCAAGACGAGGAGGUUUGCUAAGGGGCAGUCUCAAGUGGAACAGCCUUCGCAUCCAAAUGAGUUCAAUUCUCUUGCUGGACACUUCUUUUUUCCGUUGAUCCAGAACUUUGACAGACCUUUGUCAACGUUUGAUCUCCUGGGGGAAGAUCACUUUGUCCUUGGAAGACUGGUCCACACUUUAGCAGUCCUGAUGUACCUGGCUGUCAACACCAUGGCAGUUACUGCAAUGGGAAAGGCACUGCUGGAGUUUGUUUGGGCUCUGCGUUUCCACACUGACUCGUACGUGCGGCAGGGGCUGCUGUCCUGUGUCUCCUCCAUACUCCUCAGUGUCCCUGCAGAGCAUCUUCUGCAAGAUGUGACAGAGGAACUUCUGGAGGCUCGGUCCUGGCUGGAAGAUGUGGUAGAGAAAGAUCCGGAUGGGGACUGCAGGAGGUUGGCCUUGCAGAACUUGCUACUAAUGGAGAACAUGAAGAAGAAACUGGAAACUGCCCCGUCCUAGCUGAAGGGUACUGGUAAGCCUAGAGGAAAGCACAGAAAUCACUGUUAGAGGGAGGAGGGUGCGCUGCUUCUACAGCUCCCAGCAAAAAGGUGAAAAGCAUCCAUCCUCAGAGCCUGGCUGAGGAGCUCUUCAGUUGACAAAAUGUGCUGGUGUACAAGUUUGGGCUCUUCAGCGUGUGAGAGCUGAAAAUUA